AUGAAUACUACAAAUGGGCUUUCUAAACAUCGUAAAAUCGCGGUGGUGGGUGCCAGGAAUGUUGGUAAAAGCUCGCUAACGGUUCAAUACGUGGAAUCACAUUUUGUAGAGUCGUACUACCCAACGAUCGAGAAUCAGUUCACCAAACAAGUGGUUCUGGGUAAAACCAAUUACACUUUGGAGAUUUGCGACACUGCGGGUCAGGAUGAGUUCUCACUGGUCAACACCAAGUCUUUGAUUGGGUUGAAGGGAGUAGCGAUAGUGUAUAGCUGUGUGAACCGAGCUAGUUUCGAGAUUGUGGAAUUGAUACGAGACAAGAUUAUAGACCAGCUGGGACUGGAACACAUCCCAACAGUUGUUGUGGCCAACAAGAUCGAUCUACGUGAGGAGCUUGGCGACGGUGGUGACAGUGUGGCUGCGGUGACACGGUUGGAAGGUGCGGCGCUGGCCAAACGGCUGAACGCAGGGUUCGUGGAGUGCAGUGCCAAGCUGAACGUCGGGGUCAACGAUGUGGUAUUGCAGCUACUGAAACGAAUCGAGGGCCACGAUUUGACUGGUGGCAACGGCAACGGCAGCAACGGUGGUAAUGGCGGCGAGACCGGUUGCAUAGUGAUAUAG